UAGUGUUCGAGACGUUGGUGGUGGAGGUGGCCCUCGGCUGCGGGGUCCAGGGCUGUGGGUCCAGCUCGACGGCUCUGAGCUCUCACCCCGCUGCUCCACGCCGGCCGCCUCGGGCGCGUCUCCCGCACUGGCCCUGCCCUGUGGGCGCCAGCACGUCAGUUUGCGGGUGUGCGCAGGCGCGGCGGGGGCGCUUGGUCCCGUUGGGUGGGCGGCGGAGCCCGGGAGCGCGCGAGCGAGACCAUGGCGGGCAGCGGCGCGGGGGGCGGUGGUGUCGGCGAGACGAAGGUGAUUUACCAUCUGGAUGAGGAAGAGACUCCCUACCUGGUGAAGAUUCCUGUCCCGGCGGAGCGCAUCACCCUCGGCGAUUUCAAGAGCGUUUUGCAGCGGCCCGCCGGCGCUAAGUACUUUUUCAAGUCUAUGGAUCAGGAUUUUGGCGUGGUCAAGGAGGAGAUCUCAGAUGACAAUGCCCGCCUGCCGUGCUUCAACGGAAGAGUUGUCUCCUGGCUGGUGUCGUCAGAUAACCCCCAGCCUGAGAUGGCUCCCCCAGCCCACGAGUCUCGGACAGAACUAGUCCCUCCACCGCCACCAUUACCGCCCUUGCCACCGGAAAGGACCAGUGGCAUUGGGGACUCAAGGCCUCCGUCCUUCCACCCUAAUGUGUCCAGCAGCCAUGAGAAUCUAGAGCCCGAGACAGAAACCGAGUCUGUUGUAUCACUACGCCGAGAGCGACCUCGAAGGAGAGACAGCAGUGAGCAUGGCGCUGGUGGCCACAGGCCCAGUGGUCCCUCAAGGCUGGAGCGCCACCUGGCUGGGUACGAGAGUUCCUCCACCCUCAUGACCAGUGAGCUGGAGAGUACCAGCCUGGGCGAUUCGGAUGAGGAUGACGCCAUGAGUAGGUUCAGCAGCUCCACCGAGCAGAGCAGCGCCUCCCGCCUCCUCAAGCGCCACCGAAGGCGGAGGAAGCAGCGGCCGCCGCGCAUGGAGAGGACCUCCUCCUUCAGCAGUGUCACCGAUUCCACGAUGUCCCUCAACAUCAUCACAGUCACACUCAACAUGGAGAAGUACAACUUCCUGGGCAUCUCCAUUGUGGGCCAGAGUAACGAGCGGGGUGACGGAGGCAUCUACAUCGGCUCCAUCAUGAAGGGGGGUGCCGUGGCUGCUGACGGACGCAUCGAGCCUGGCGACAUGCUUUUGCAGGUGAACGACAUGAACUUUGAGAACAUGAGCAACGAUGAUGCUGUACGGGUGCUGAGAGACAUCGUGCACAAGCCAGGCCCCAUCGUGCUGACCGUGGCCAAGUGUUGGGAUCCUUCUCCCCAGGCCUACUUCACCCUACCCCGAAAUGAGCCCAUCCAGCCAAUCGACCCUGCUGCCUGGGUGUCGCAUUCUGCUGCGCUGACUGGCACCUUCCCCGCGUACCCAGGCUCUUCAUCCAUGAGCACUAUUACAUCCGGCUCCUCCCUGCCUGAUGGCUGUGAAAGCCGGGGUCUCUCCAUCCACAUGGACAUGGCCUCUGUGACCAAGGCCAUGGCAGCCCCGGAGUCUGGGCUAGAAGUCCGGGACCGCAUGUGGCUGAAGAUCACCAUCCCAAAUGCCUUUCUAGGCUCCGACGUGGUAGACUGGCUGUACCAUCACGUAGAAGGUUUUCCCGAGCGCCGGGAGGCCCGCAAGUACGCCAGCGUAUUGAAGGCAGGACUCAUCCGCCACACUGUCAACAAGAUUACCUUCUCUGAGCAGUGCUAUUACGUCUUCGGGGACCUCAGUGGUGGCUGUGAAAGUUACCUGGUCAGCCUGUCCCUGAACGACAACGACGGCUCCAGCGGGGCCUCCGACCAGGACACCCUGGCCCCUCUCCCCGGGGCCGCCCCCUGGCCCCUGCUGCCCGCCUUCUCCUACCAGUACCCAGCCCCACACCCCUACAGCCCACAGCCGCCGCCCUACCACGAGCUGUCAUCGUACACUUACGGUGGAGGCAGUGCCAGCAGCCAGCACAGUGAAGGGAGCCGGAGCAGUGGGUCCACAAGAAGUGAUGGGGGGGCCGGGCGCACAGGGAGGCCUGAGGAACGGGCCCCUGAGUCCAAGUCUGGCAGUGGCAGUGAGUCCGAGCUUUCCAGCCGAGGAGGCAGCCUUCGGCGGGGUGGGGAACCUGGUGGGACUGGUGAUGGGGGCCCCCCUCCGUCCAGGGGCUCGACAGGCGGUACUCCUAAUCUCCGAGCUCUCCCAGGGCUCCAUCCCUAUGGCCCGCCCCCUGGCAUGGCUCUCCCCUAUAACCCCAUGAUGGUAGUCAUGAUGCCUCCCCCCCCACCCCCUGUCUCCGCUGCAGUGCAGCCCCCUGGUGCUCCUCCAGUCAGAGACCUGGGCUCUGUGCCCCCAGAGCUGACAGCUAGCCGUCAGAGCUUUCACAUGGCCAUGGGCAACCCCAGUGAAUUUUUUGUAGAUGUUAUGUAGGGCCCACCUUGCCCUGGGCCUGUCAAGUUUCAGCUCGGUGCUCCUCAUAGUGCCGGGGUCAUCCUGGUGCUCGGUACCUACCACAAGGUUGUUACCACUGUGAGUCUCUCCAGCAGUGCCUGGUCCCCCCUUCCUCCGGGGUAGUCGGGGACCUUUGGUUAUUUUUAGCUUUAUUUUUUAUAAGCCUUUUUGGGGAUUAAAAUAGACUUUCUUAUAUUUUGGGGAGUAUUUUUGUAAUAGACUUUUUCUCUUUUAUAUGAAGAAUCCCUUCAUAUAAAAUAUCUUGGGUCCCUUCUAACCCCAGAAUAUGACCACCACCUCCAAUUGCCUAGUUAGUUGUCACUUGGAGGGGGGGUGGUUACUGGUACCCUGGGAAGAGGAAGGGGGCGCUGGGUACCCUAGACAGCAGUCCAAGGAAGCUGGUGGUGUUCUUGGGGACUGUGUAGCUGCCUUUGUUACUCUAUUUAUUUUAGUCACUUGUAUAAAACACUAAAUAAAGCAAUAGAGGCCAAUC